AAUUAUCUCGAGUUUCUCAAAGCGGCUGUGUUGGGCUCAGUCUUGCCACGACUAAGUAAUGAAUUGUCAAGAGAAUGUCUACCAUGGAGGGAGUUCUCUAUAAAUGGACCAACUAUAUCAGUGGUUGGCAGCCCCGUUGGUUUGUUCUUAAAGGAGGCACUCUUUCCUACUAUGAUUCUCAAGAAGAUGCAUGGAAAGGAUGCAAGGGCAGCAUCAAAAUAUCUGUGUGUGAAAUACAGGUUCACCCAUCGGAUUUCACAAGGGUUGAUCUGAUCAUUCCAGGAGAACAGUACUUUUAUCUCAGGGCAAUUAAUGCAGCAGAGAGGCAGAAAUGGCUUGUGGCGUUAGGGACUGCAAAAGCCUGUCUUACAGACAACCGGACUAAGAGAGAGAAGGAGCUCCAGGAAAGCUCAGAGGCUCUGAAAACAAAAAUGUCUGAGCUAAGGCUUUACUGUGACCUUCUCCUUCAGCAAGUGAACAAAAUACAAGAAAGUCCUCUAGCGGAGAUGACAGCUGAUUCUGAGGAGGUAGGGGAUGAGACAGGAAAUCUAGUGAAGUCCACAUGCACCACCUUCUUAAAGACCCUGGAGGAGUGUAUGCAGAUUGCUAGCCGAACCUUCAAUCCAGAUCUUCUGAGUCAGACCCCUCCAGGCUCUCCUCCUGUGGCUACCAUCAAACCUCAGAAGAUCAAAACUACUGAUCCAAAAAAUCAGCACCAAGGAGAAACACAAAGGGACUUAAUAAACACCUCAGGGACAUCAGCACAUGAGAGUGGACCAGAAAAUGAACCACCUCCAUCUCCUCAAGAAAGCACACCUACAGGAAGUGGUUUAAUGGAGGAGCCUCAUAAUGGCUCUUCAUCAAGCACACAUGACCCUGAAGAACCUGUAGGAGAGAAGAAGGACAGACCACCAGAAGAAGCAGACUGUGCUCAAGAAAAGCAACAGGACGUCUCCCAUAGCCCCACACAGAACAAAGAAGAAAUGGUCACUGAAGGAAUCCAGGCUGACCUGGAAGUGAACAAGCCUCAGUCUGAGAUCACACAGGAAGAGGAAGAUAAGGUGGACACAUUCUUCAGUACCAUGAGCCACAGAUUUAGUGAUAUAAUACUGGAGGACAACAGUGGUAUUCCCACACAGGCCUUUUUGGAUUCUUGCUAUGCUAUAGUACCAGUUUUAGACAAGCUUGGACCAACUGUCUUUGCUCCAGUUAAACUAGAUUUUGUGGGAAACAUUAAGAAGAUCCAGCAGAAGGUGGUGUCGGAUCCUGAGAGUUUCCCCACCCUACAGAGCAUCGUGCUGCACGAGGUGGAGACGGAGGUGUCACAGGUGCGGAACUCGGCCACAGAAGCGCUGCUAUGGCUUAAACGUGGACUCAAGUUCCUCAAAGAAUUCCUUUCUGAAAUCAAUACAGGGAUGAAGGACGUCCAGGGAGCUCUUAAUAAAGCAUAUGGAAAAACAUUACGGCAAUAUCACGGAUGGGUUAUUCGAGGAGUCUUUGCACUGGCUCUACGGGCCGCUCCGUCCUACGAGGGCUUCAUGGCUGCUCUGGUUUCUCAUGAAGGCGAUGAGCUGAAGGAGGGUUUCAAGACCGGCAUGCACCGAGACCUGGACUUCUACCUUCCAGCUAUGGGGAAGCAGCUGUCCAUCCUGGAUUCUCUCUAUGAGGAGUACGGCUUGGAAUCAGACGAGAUCGUGUGACUAACACAAACGCACCCGCACAGCGAACACAGCUUGCUUCUGAAGGAGCUGAUCGGUUUCAGUGGUGGAGUUGUAUUUCUUUCGCCCACUGUGGUAACCGAACCCUGAGUUGGUGUUGAAGAAGACAGGGAGGUUUCUGUGAGGGCAGGGCUUGCAGAGACUGACCAGUAAGAGUGUGUUGGUUAAUGUGCUAUCUGUAAACUACAGUAAGUCAUCCCUGCAAAAUUGAAACAGUCACAUAAAAGCAGGGUGUGAUUCCAAGUGUUUUCAGGGAACAGCUGUAUUUUUAGCAACCUUCAGUGGAGUGAUCAAGUGUUUUGUCAGACUGACCGUAUGUAUGACACGCCAAUUCGUAUUUCCAUUUUUGGCGUGCUAUCAACACGCAUAAUCGCUUUUCAGCGCGUUUAU